CUGUUCAGCGUUUAUCAGACCAAUACACACCUCUGGCUGUCAACGCUGCCUUUACAAGAGGAGAGUGGAUGGAGAGAAGAAAACAUUUUAACAAGAUGUCUCUCACUGAUUUUUGGAUAGUGCUGCUGGGUUGUUCAGCACUUUGUCAAGCGGCGCCUACCUUUGCUCCAGUGGUUUCAUCAGAGGACCAAGAGCUGGCUGAGGGAUAUGUUUCUCAGUUCUACUCUGAUGUUGGGAUGACAAAUUCGUCAGUGCGAAGCAUCACCAACAGCUCCUUCAGCCAGGACCUACAGGCCAUGCAAGCUUUCUUCGGCCUGGAGGUGACUGGCGUCUUGAAUAAAAAGACUCUGGAGGUGAUGAAAGCACCUCGGUGUGGAGUGUCAGACAUCAGUCGAUAUGGACACUUCCCUGGGAGACCCAAAUGGGAGAAAAGACUAAUUACAUACAGGAUCACUAGGUACACCCCAGAUCUGACCCAGAGGCAGGUGGAUGCAACCAUAGCUCAGGCCUUCCAACUCUACAGCGACGUCAUCCCUCUGGACUUCAAACAGAUCUACACUGGCACUGCGGAUAUCAUGAUUCUCUUCAAGGGUGGAUAUCACGGAGACUUUUACCCUUUUGACGGAGCAGGUGGAGUCUUAGCUCAUGCUAACUCUCCUGGACGGGAUGCCGGGGGGGACACACACUUUGACGAUGAUGAAACGUGGACUCUUACCCAGAGAGGUGUGAAUCUGUUGUUGGUGGCGGCCCAUGAGUUUGGCCACGCUCUGGGCCUGGAUCACUCCAGGGACAGAAGUGCGCUGAUGUACCCCACUUAUCAGUAUGUCAACACGCACAGGUACAGGCUACCAGACGAUGACAGGCGUGGCGUUCAAGCACUCUAUGGAAGCCGUACACCAGUGCCCACAAGAGAACCAAAUCCAAGGCCACCUCCUCGUCCAGAACCUGAACCAGAGCCGGAGGAACCAACAGAAAAACCCGACCCCCGAAAUGAGCAGUGCAGCCGUGGGCUGGUGUUUGACGCUGCUACCUCCAUCAGGGGAGACCUGUUCUUCUUUAAAAACGGAUACUACUGGAGAAAGAGCACAAGUUUCCAUGGACUCCGUUUCACUAAAGUGAGCACAAAAUGGCCUGGGAUCAGCUAUGUCGAUGCUGCCUUUGAAAUCCCACAUAACAAUGUGGUGUAUCUGUUUGAAGGUCGUCAAUACUGGGGCAUAAGGGCUUAUGCAAAGACAAUAAUGCCAGGCUAUCCCAAGUCUAUCACCAACCUCGGCCUCCCCUCCUCAGUCACUAAGGUUAAUGCAGCUGUUUACGUGCCAACCACUAGAAAAACGCUCAUUUUUGUGAAUAACCAGUACUGGAGCUAUGAUGAGAGCAGAAACAGAAUGGACUUUGGAUACCCGCGAUAUAUCACUCAGGAUUUCCCUGGUAUUGGCUCCAAAGUAGAUGCAGCGUUUGAGAAUCAAGGAUAUCUAUACUUCUCAGAUGGGCCCAGGCAGAGCGAAUACUACCUGCCAUACAAGAGAGUGAUGCGUGUGCUGCUCAACUAUGGCUGGCUCAACUGUUACUGAAGCACAAGUGUCCGUGCCGUAACUGCAACUGCGGUUGGCAUGCAUAUCAUGAAUGAGUCAUGUGAUGCACAGUAUUGUGUUUUUCUAUGAUGUGGUGAACAGUUUUUACAGACAGAUGUUGUUGGAAGUCUAAUGACUGCUUGACUGCAGACGAAUAGCAAAUAUGUCAAACUGAGGCAAAGGUCGGUCGGUGAAUGUUUAUCAUUUGAUCAAUUCUGUAAAUGAUCUUUGACCUGUUUCAAAAUGCUUCUGGUUAAUUUUUUCUAUAUGGAACUUGCAAAGGAACAUACUGAUGAUGAAUGUAUUUGCUGAUAGAUGUUUACUCAUUUCACUGAGGCUAAA